AUGUAGCUUCAAUAGAUCAACGUUGUUUAUAUUAAUAGCGUUUAAAUUUUGUGAGCUGAUAGUUGAGAAUUUCACUAUGGUAGACAUGUUGUAAUAUAAAAAAAGUAUUUAUCCCAGAACUAUGCCUGUUCUAUAUAAUAGAAAAAGAUUGACGCAAGAUGAAUUGAAGCAUAUGAAACCAUAUAUAUUGGAAUUAAGGAAAAGGGAACAAGAUAAAAAUAUUUCUAUUUUACAGCAAAUAAAACAAGAAGAUGAUGCAAUGAAAACAGAAUGCCAAGAGUUAGAGGAAUUAGAAAGACAAAUAAAUCUUACCCCAACACAAAGUUCAUCUAAUUUAAUGCAUAUGCAACAAGCUUAUAUUUUUUUUCAGGAGCAAGAAAGAUUACUUUAUGAUGUCAAAAAAAAGAUAGAAGAAAGUGAAGAUCAGCUUUUCGUGUUACGCAACAAAAAGCGUGAAAUAUUUUCCAACGUUAGGGAGACAUUAACUAAAAGUGAAAAACUGCUUGAUGAUAUAACAGAAAUGCAUUAGAUGGUAACAAAAUCCUGGUUCAAAAUUAAUCAUCACUACAAAUAUAUUGUAAAACAAGUGUUUUUAAUUGCUGAUGCUUCAAUUUCGAUUG